GCAUGGGCCACAACAAUGGCGGACACCAAACACAAGCUCCACGCCCUCUUCAUCCCUUACCCUCUCCAAGGCCACUUAAUCCCGGCCGUCCAUCUCGCCAUCAAACUUGCAUCCAAGGGCUUCACAAUAACCUUUGUCAACACUCAAGCCAUCCACCACCAAAUAUCCAAGGCGAAGUCCAGCUCUGGCUCCAGUAAUGACAACAAUGAUAUCUUCGCCCAUGCCCGUCAAUCAGGCCUCGACAUUCGGUACAUGACUGUGAGUGAUGGCCUACCUGUCGAAUUCAACCGGUCGCUUAACCAUGACCAGUUCAUGGCCACGCUCCUCCACAUCCUAUCAGCUCACAUUGAUGAUCUCAUCAGAAAGAUCACCCAGGAAGGCCCGCCAAUAGCUUGCAUGAUCGCAGACACCUUCUUCGUGUGGCCAUCCACUAUUGCCAAAAAGUAUGGCCUAAUCAACGUUUCUUUAUGGACCGAGCCGGCGCUCGUGUUCACGCUCUAUUACCACAUGCAUCUUCUCCGCAGACAUGGACACUUCGCUUGCAAUGAUAAUCGCGAAGAUAUUAUCGAUUAUAUCCCAGGAGUCGCAGCCAUCGAUCCGGCAGAUCUACCAUCAUACCUUCAAGAUGCUGAUAUCUCCACCGUAGUUCACCAGAUUAUUUUCAAGGCAUUCGCCGAAGCCAAGGAUGCAGACUAUAUCUUGUGCAACACGGUGUAUGAACUCGAACCUGAGACGAUCUCAGCCCUCCAUAUUAAGAAGCCAUUCUACGCGAUUGGCCCAACUUUCCCCUUCAACUCUUCUAAGAGCAUUGUGGCUAUGAGCCUAUGGCCUGAGUCUGACUGCACCAAGUGGCUCGACUCUAAGCCGGCGGGCUCUGUACUAUACAUCUCUUUUGGGAGCUAUGCUCCUGUUAGGAAGAAGGACUUGGAAGAAAUAGCAAUGGGGGUCUUGCAUAGCCAAGUUAACUUCAUUUGGGUGCUCCGACCUUACAUCAUGAGUUCCGAUGCCGAGGAUCCAUUGCCAGUUGGAUUCAUGGAAGAAUGUCGAGAGAGAGGGAUCAUCGUCCCAUGGUGUUGUCAAAUGGCGGUGCUCUCCCAUCCUUCGGUGGGAGGAUUCCUUACCCACUGUGGUUGGAAUUCGAUACUUGAGAGUGUGUGGUGCGGAGUUCCAAUGUUGUGUUAUCCACUGCUAACCGAUCAAUUCACUAACCAUAAGUUAGUUGUCGAUGAUUGGAAGAUUGGAAUCGAUAUUCGAAGAUGUAACAGGUCGGUCACAAGGAAUGAGGUCUCAGCAAAGAUAAAAGCUUUGAUGGCCACAGAAUUGGGUGAUGAUCUAAGAAAGGAGAUUAAAGAAGUGAGGAGGGCAUUGGAAAAUACAUUGAAACCGAAUGGAUCAUCGGAGAAGAACAUCGAUCUCUUUAUUGAGGAUCUAAAGAACAAGGUUUGCGCACAAUAUGGGACCGCUACCAGCACGUCGAGCUCUUUUAAUACAAAACCGCACUGAAUUUUUGACAUGGGCUGAUAUCAGGAUCGGAUGGUUGUUGAUAAUCGGUCGAAUGCAAGGCCCACCAGCUUAGGAUGUGUUCUGUGCCAACACUUCACCGUGUUAAUGCACAUCUAACUGUCUAUUAUGGUUUUUUCACUGUCUUGAUUUUGAUUGUUUAACACUUACAUUGUAAUUUACUCUAUCAUUUUGAGGUUCCCCCUAUAAAAUAUGAAAUU